AAGUAGUGCGAUACGAUUGUCGAGAGUGUAAGGGUAUACAGUAGGUAAAUAAAACUGUGGAGCGGCGUGUGUUAAUACCAAAACAAACUUUAUUGUGUGGUGAAAGCUUUUCUGAAGAUUUCAAGUAAAAAUGGAGCUUACCUGUACAGAAAACUUUUCAAAUGCUGCCAGAGCUUCGCGUGACAAAGUAAUUUUUAAUGAUGUUCGUGUCAUAAACAAUUUACUAAAUGAUGAAAUGUUUUCAAUACCAAAGUGUGAUUAUUUUCAAACAAUUCAAAAUGAUCUUCAACCUUUUAUGAGGAAAGUUGUGACAACUUGGAUGUUAGAGGUUUGCGAAGAACAAAUGUGUGAAGAUCAGGUUUUACCUUUGGCAAUUAAUAUCAUGGAUCGCUUCCUAUGUAUUUGUCCUAUCAAAAAACAACAGUUGCAGUUACUUGGAGCUACUUGUCUUCUGAUAGCAACAAAAGUUAGAAGCACAAACAUGUUACCAAUAGAUCUUCUGUCGGCUUAUACAGAUUACAGCGUUACAUAUGAACAUAUAUCGAGUUGGGAAUUGCUCGUGUUAUCAAAAUUGCAGUGGAAUAUUUUGGCUGUGACUGGAUUUGAUUAUAUCGAUCAAGUACUUGAAAGAUGUUCGUGGGGACACGAAAGUCAAUUUCUUAGAAGACAUGCAAAUACUUUGGUGUCUAUGUGUUAUACAGAACCUAGUUUGAUUCAAACCCCACCAUCCGUCAUAGCAGCUGCUUGUAUAAGUUCUGCAAUUCGAGGCUUAAAGUUAUCAUCAUCAGAGGUAGCUCUUCGAGACACUUGUAAUAUGUUGAACGUAAAUCCGAGGACUGUAGAAUUUUUGGUGGGAGUAAUUGAUAAUGCUGUAUCAAAAGUUGCACCUAGUUUAACACCCACCACACCAGAAUCAAAAACAACAGUUCAAGGAUACGAAAGUCCUCACUAUGGUCAACCGGAAACACCUACAGAAGUCGAGAAUAUAUACUUUUAAAUUGUUUUAUACUGAAGUGUGUGCUCUUACAUACUUUGACAUGAAUGUUAUUCUCUGUUACUUAGCUGUUUUGUAGCAGUGUUUUUUUACAACAAUUCAAUGAUAUAUCAGUUUUAAAAAAGUGCAGAAUUCAGUUAGUACUGUCUAUUUGUCUUCACAGAACUCGAUUUUAUUUUGAUAUUGCUCAAACUCCAUUCGUAUUUUUUGAGAAAAUAAUUGGUAUUAAAUAGUGAAAUAUUUACAAUUGUAACUUUUAUUCUAAUCAAAUCUCAAUCCACAAUUUUCUAUAGUGUAGUAUUCAUACAUACUGUUUGUAGUAAAUAUUUAUAUAUCAUUUAUUCCAUUUUCAAUUUCAUUCAACUUUUUUCACAAAUGGUAGCUCAUUAUCAUAACCGCUACUUCUCUAAUUACUUUCUCAAACAAUGGACGGGAAUGGACAUAACACAGUAGAGCUACUUGCAAUUUUAAAUAAACCCCGUAUUAGAAAAAAAAUUUUUUUUAUUUUUAAAAAAUUACUGGUGUAUCAUUAGACAUAUUUUACAUUUAUUUAUCGUUGACUUGCAGAAUGCAAUUUGUUUUUGUGUUAUUUAAUAUUUAAUUAAUUUUAUUCAAAGAGUUAAGUGUGUGUAUGUUUUAAAAAAAAUUGUAACCAAAAGAUAAGUUUGUGUAUCUAUAUUUUGAUCUCUGAAUUACCAGUAAUUCUUAAUAUCUAGUUAUUAUAAGUUUGUAAAUUGUUGAUCUCAAAUAAUUAAGUGCCUUAAAUAUUACAUCACAAAAUUAUCUAUAUAUUUAAUAUAUAAACGUGAUUGUUGUGGUAUUGUGGAAAUGAUACACCAAAGCGUGAUCUUUUUAAUAUAAAUAUUUUUAGAAUAACUAUGUAUUCAUCAUUAAGAAAUUAAUUAAUCGAUAAUUGUGGUAAGUACUGCAAAUUCAUCUAAUUCAAAACACAACCAUGAAUUUAAUAUUUACCAGAAAAUGGCAAAUACCGCGUUACCGAUUAAUUAAUUUCCUAAUGAUGAAUACAUAGUUAUUCAAAAGCUUGGAAUAUAAACUCAACAGCAAAAAAAACCGGACACUUACAUUUGGUCUUAUUAUUUUGUUAAAUAUUCUAAUCUUUUUAAUUUAUGGUAAGAAUUUGUUAAUUUAUAGGUUAUUUAAACAAAAUCUGCCUAAACUGAAUAAUUUUUAUUGAUCAUUUACAAAAAAAUGAUAAAUUAACACAUUUAAAAAAAACGUUAUUUUUUAUUUUUGUUAGUUUUUCUAACAAUUUAUGUAAUUCUAAUAACGGUUAUUUCUCCCUCUGCUACGGCGAAGGUUUCUUACCCUGUCAGGCAUCGAAGAAAUUAAAUUCUGGACGUACUCCACCGGCAUAGGAUCCCUUCCUUAUCGAAGAGCAAUUUGGAGCUGACUUAAGUCACUAGGAGGAGGAUGACGACGUCUAACACGCCUCCCGAAAUUAUCCCACAAAUGUUCUAUGGUAUUCAUAUCAGGAGAUCGUGCAGGCCAGUCCAGAACAGUGAUUCCUACUUGCUCCAAGUAUUCGGAAACAAUUCUAGCGGUAUGUAGACGAGCAUUAACCUGCAUUAAAAUGAAUUACUCACCAAUAAAUAAAGCAAAUGGGAUCACAGCCUCUAGAAGGACUUCCUCGAUGUACCUCCGAGCAGUUAGAGCCCCACUAUUUAUGAAAAUCAAUCAAAAGGGAGUGAUUCACGAAUGGUACAUAGAGCAAAUCGCUCACCUGGCCAUCUCCAUACUCUGUCUCUAUCAUCUAAGUGAUAUAGACCAAAUCGAAACUCAUCUGUAAGAGUUGCCCAUUGCUCCAGAGUCCAAGGAGAAUACUGAUCGGCAAAUAAUCUCCUUUCUCUUCGAUGCCUUUCCAGGAAUUGUAGGCUUGUCGUGGGUUUCAAGUCUUUUCCGAACCUCAGGAGCCUUUGCUAAUUGUCGGUCUCUCAAUACAAACAGCGUAAUAAAUCGAUCAUCUACUGCCGUUGUUGUCCUUGGUCGCCUACUCCCACGCCUCCUAUCAUAGCUACCAGUUUCCCGGAAUGGUAGACUACCCCAAGCGUUUCGACAAUGUACCGUAAGCUCUGGCCUUCUCUGGCCAAGGCAUCAGCUCGGACUAUGUCGAUAUUUGAAAGAACCAUUAUUCUGGAUCAAAAAUAAAAAAGACAUGUUUAUUAAUCACAGAAAAGGCUUGAUUAAUAAAAACUACUUACAGUUUAGAAUAUGUCUGACAGGUAAAUCAAAUCUGAGUUUUGUCUAAUUGUUUAUUAAUUCUAAAAGGAUUAGUUCAAUGGACUUAGACCCUACAUUCUCUGUAAUAACUGGAAUAUUCACAAAAAUAAACAAAUUGCUGAAAAUUAGCUUUUAAUAAGAAAAAUAUGAAGUGUUCAGUUUUGUUGCUGUUGAGUGUAUAUGAAAGGAGUACACUUUGGUGUUUCACUGCCACAAUUCCUCGAAAAUCACUUAUAUACUUAAAAGGAAAUAUUUUCUUGGUAAUAAAAGUAAUUGUUGUGGUAAUAGCCAAUGAAAGUAAUUUGAAUUUUUUUAAUAUACUGUGUUCAUACUUUUACAUUAUAUUUUGAUCAGGAUUUCACCCGAAGAUAAAUAUAUAGUUUGGAUUACGUAUUAAGAAGUGUACUCUUUGAUAUUUUAUUGCUACAAUCCCACAAUAAUCACUUUAUACAUAUUUAUUUGUGUAUGUAUGUGGAGUUGAUGGUAAAAAUUUUUCUAUAAUUUCAUGUAUAAAACUACCUAUAAAAUAGAAAUUUUUAAAUGCAUUUUGAAACAGUUUUUUGUUAACAGUAAUCUGUAUAAAAUAUGGAGAGCGUUUUAUUGAAUUUUAAGUAAAUAUAUAGAUUUCUUUGUGGUGAAUAACUACAGAGUAAAUUACGGGAACAUUAUUAUCAUUUAAUUACCUGCAUACUGAAACAUUUUUAACCUAAAUAUUUUUGUUAACUUGUUAACAAACAAGAUCAAAUGUAUAUUUUCUGAAAUCUCAAAUUUUGCUAAUUACCAUUUUAUCUCUAUAGUUCCUUUAUUUACUCUGUAUAAAGUGUUUUCUGUGAUCUUCAAAACCUACUAAAUUAAUAAUUCAGAAUCACAGUUUUGGUCGGCCAACAGAUUAAAAAAAAUUUUGAAUAUACUUUUUGGUUUACUAUAUUGGUUUUGUUAUCUAGUCUUUAGUUUUGUAUGUUCGUAUGUAGAGGUAUCUUUACGUUAUCUCUUCAUUUCUUUGAUAUCAUAAAAUGGUUUAGUUAGAAGCAGUUAGAACGUUUCUUCAAAUAACUUUAGUGGGAUUAGUAAACAAUCAGUAUUAUUUUUUACAAAUAUAUUUUAAACAUUCAUAUACUUUAAUGGAGCGUUACUUAUUUCAUAUUUUUGUUAGGUGAUAGUAACAAGUCAAGAGUAUCUUUUUCUCUUUUUUGUCAUUUCUCAGCACUAAUCCCUUCUUUAUUAUUACUGUAUCGCUUAUUUGUUGUGCACAUUUUUUGUUAUUUUCCUAAAUGGAAGUCUUAUUAGUUGAUCUUGUAUUUUUUACUUUCUUAUUUGUCAUCGACAACUUCCUUAUUAAUCUAAAAAAUUAAUUUGAAACUGCAUUAAUUUCAGUACAUUCAAAAAUUGCGGCACAAAGAUGAUAAGCCACCCCACAACGAUCAUUAUGAAACUCUAUACGUAGACUAUUGAAGAUACGAGAAAUCGAUUUAUCAUAUCUAUUUUAUGCGGAAACAUUUAAUUCCGGAGAUACCGGAAAUGGCCAUUAUCUCAGGAAGGUUAACAGAUAUCGAACCAUGAAAAUGAAAAUUUAGUAAUUUUUGUGAGGUUAGGUUUUUUGAUAAAAAUCAUGCACUUGCACACUUUUCUCACAGAAACACUUCUGAGCAUGCGUCAAUUAUCAUGACUUUUCACACACAGAUAGAUCUGGAUGAGAACUAUCGAAUGUUAUCCAUGUUCGAUAUCUGUUAACCCUCCUGAUAUAAUAGCCAUUUCCAGUAUUUCCGCAUAAAAUAGAUACGAUAAAUCGAUUUCUCGUAUCAACAAUAGUCUAUGUAUAGAGUUUCAUGAUAUAUGUUUAUUAUUAUGUAGGUAAAGAAAUCUUAUUUAAACUGAUCCCUCUUGGAUUUUGAAUAAAAAUCAAAUAUUCGUAAAAUACAAUGUGUUGUAAAAGUAAAAUUCUUUUUUUAAAUUUUAUUACAAAGUGUUUUAAAGUGAAUUUUUCAUUUUUGAUAUUGCCAAAGAUAUUUUAACAAUUAUUAAGGGUACAAAAAAAAACAAAUAUAUUUUGUCUUUGAACUGCUUCUUACUACCUGUUUGGAGGCUGAGUCUUUGUAAAAUAUUUUAAAACCAAAGUAUUUGGGAAUGAUAGUUUUUGAAUGUAUUUAUUUCUUUAUGUGUAUUACCUUUACUGGAUAGUUUUUUGUAUAUAUUUUUUUAAAUAAAUAUGUAAUCCA